ACUAAAAUGUAAAGUGCGCCCCAGUUGCUUAAAGUUCCCUAUGAUGAGAUAUUGAAUCCGAACCAGCAAACAAAUGUAAUGGCGUGUUGGUUGGUUAAUGGUGGAUCGUGGGGACAUCGUGCGGCGUAGGAAGACCGAGAGGAAGAACAACCAAGUGACAAUCCGACGAACCUAGUUGGCCUAGAAACUCCACCACCACCACCACCACAAAGGCAUUGAAGUUAAUGUGGAGUCAUCAACUGUUAUUGAGAAGGAAACAUGUCGACUGGUGCUCGGAUAUGUGAAACAGAUGGUUGUGGUAAAGAAUCUCGAUUACAAUGUCCAACGUGCAUUAAACUAGGUAUCGAAGGCUCAUAUUUUUGCUCACAGGAAUGUUUUAAAGACAACUGGGCAACGCAUAAAGCUGUACAUAAAAAGCAAAGGAUGAAGGAUCACCUAGCAAAGUCUGAGUAUAAAAACCUCUGGCCGGGGUAUGUCUACACAGGAACACUGAGACCUCAUUCUGUUUCUCCCAAAAGGAUGGUGCUGCCCAAUAUAGAAAAACCUGAUUACGCGGAUCAUGUAAAUGGCUACCCUGCAAGUGAGAUGGCCGUGAGAGGCAGCACUCAGAUUAAGGUGCUUAAUUCAGAUGACAUAGCUACACUUCGGGAGGCCUGCAGGUUAGGACGAGAGGUUUUAGAUAUUGCGUAUGGUGCAGUUAAAGUUGGUGUAACUACGGACGAAAUAGAUCAAGUCGUGCAUGAAGCCUGCAUGGAACGCAACUGCUACCCAUCACCUCUGAACUACCACCAGUUUCCAAAAUCAUGUUGCACGUCGGUGAAUGAAGUGAUAUGUCAUGGUAUACCGGACGGCAGGCCAUUAGAAGAUGGGGACAUUUUAAACAUUGACAUAACUGUCUAUUACAAAGGUUUCCAUGGUGAUUUGAAUGAAACAUUUUUUGUUGGGAAGGUUGAUGAGAAGAGUAAAAAACUAGUGAACGUGGCAUAUGAAUGCCUAAUGCAGGCUAUAGAUGCAGUUCAUCCCGGAGUUCGCUAUCGUGAGCUUGGCAACAUCAUCAUGAAGCAUGCGCAGACCAACGGAUGUUCGGUUGUACGUACGUAUUGUGGGCAUGGAAUUCACCGCCUGUUUCAUACAGCACCGAGUGUACCGCACUACUCCAAAAACAAGGCCAUUGGCGUGAUGAAACCAGGACACGCAUUCACAAUUGAACCCAUGAUUUCAGAAGGAACGUGGAAAGACCAAACAUGGCCAGAUAACUGGACAGCAGUGACCGAGGACGGCAAACGAUCAGCACAGUUUGAACACACUCUCCUAGUGACAGAGACAGGAUGUGAAGUACUGACUAUACGACCGGAAUUAAACAGACGUGGACACUUCUUAGAUCAACUAGAUAAAGAAGAAACUUCACAAUAGGUCUGCUUAGAACAUCUUCAAUUAUUCAAUUUUAUUACCAGGAU